CGCUAUGUCCGCGACGACUGCAAAGUUUAUAAAAGGCCAGCCCGUCGAGGGAUUUCCUGUCGAUUUGUUCAAAAAGCUCAGUCAACAGUCAAUACCUUUCACAUCAACAUAAAGCGCUAUCCAUCAUGACUGCAACCACAAAGAUCGUUGUCCUGGGUGGAGGUUACGGUGCGAUGGCAGCAGUCAAGCAGCUGACGUCCUCUCUCGGAAAGAGGCCGGAUAUUGAGAUUACCGUCGUGACGAAGACCGAUUUUAUGGUUCACAGCGUUGGCGCAUUCCGCCCUCUCGUUGACGAAACCUGGGCCGAGAAGGUCUACAUCCCAUACACAAACCUCUUCCAAGGAGUCGCCAACGGCCGCGUCGUGCAAGGCAACGCUGUGGCCAUCCACGAGACCCAAGUCACCCUCGAGGACGGCACCACCGUCCCCUUCGACUACCUCAUCAUCGCCACCGGCUCAGCCUACCCCUCCCCAACUAAGACCCCUCACCUUCACCGCGCCGACAGCAUCGCCGAAGUGCAACAACUCAACAAAGCCGUCGCCAAAGCCUCCUCCAUUGUCAUCAUCGGCGGCGGACCCGUCGGCGUCGAGAUCGCCGGUGAGAUCGCCGUAGCCGACCCAACGAAGAAGAUUGUGGUCAUCCACGGCGGCGACGAGCUCGUGCAGUCGCCGAAGAGCACCGCAGCGUACCGCGCCCGCAUUCUGGCUGGUCUACACGCCCGCGGUGUCCAGGUCGUCUUAUCGGAACGUGCGAAAGGGUGGGAGGAGUUGAUCCCGAACCCUAUCCAGAAGGGGUACCACGUCUCGGAAACGGUUCCGGUGACCGUCCACACGAACAAGGGCAACUCGUUCACCGGCGACAUUGUGUUCCUCGCUAACGGCAACGCGAAAUACAACUCCGACCCCGCCAAGGCGCUUGGAGAGGGAGUCGUGAACGGGCAGAACCAGAUCAAAGUGCGGCCGACGAUGCAGCUGGCUGAUGAGAAGUACUCCAAGAUAUUUGCGAUUGGGGAUGUGAAUGAUACGCCGGAGAAGUUGGCGUACAUUGCCGGCGAGCAAGGGACUUUGGCUGCUAAGAAUGUCGUCAAGCUGAUCUCCGCCCAACCAACAAAACCCGCAAUCCUCGACGUCUUCAAACCCAUGGCUAUGGGAGUCGGCAUUGUCACACUCGGCAAAUCCGGCGGCGUAAUGCAAUUGGGCUCAUUCACAUUCGGCGAUUUCGUCGCUCGUCAAAUGAAAUCGAAAGACCUUUUCACAUCAAAGAACUGGGCAUUGUUGAACCUCUCGGCCGAGUUCAAGAAGUUAUGAUUGUGCCAGAUACGCUUGUAUUGAAAUCACCCUCUCAUCGCCUUUGCAUCGCUUCGUAGAAUUAAUAGGACCUCAUUUGAGUAAAUUUUUUGUGUUUACAUUAACAUAAUUUUUACAUGUAUACUGUGAGUGUCUUUAGACCUACUAUGUACUGUAUAGAUGCCGCUGGAUACCCUGAGAGGCAAGUCAAACGGUGGAUGGGUCGUCCAGAAGGAAGUUUUUUUGUGGGAUGUCUCAAACCUUACGAACGGUUAUGAAGAUGGACCAAUGCAUGCAUUUCCGACGGAUACGCUGCUUACGCCCGGAC